GUGGUGGUGAUAACGGAGGAGGAAGGCGAGGGCAAGACAGUCGCGGGAACGCAAGGGUGGCAGAUGCCUGUCAUGCGUGAGAUCCUAACCAGCUGGUACUGCUCCUUUGGCAAGUGUUGCGCGACGGGAGACUGCAGGGUGACCAACGACAUUGCAGGUAAAGAUACUCUCCGGAAGUUCCACCUCUCUGCUCAGGUCCAGCUAGCAAAGCAGAUUAGCGAGACGGUGCAGUUAUGUCAGCAGUCACUCUUCAUCUUCGAUGAGGUAGAAAAACUUCAUGUCGACCUCCUAGAUGCCAUCAAACCCUACCUGGAUCACUAUGACAGCAUUGAUACAGUGGAUUACCGCCGGUCCAUCUUUUUGUUCCUGAGUAACACUGGAGGCAACAUCAUCAAUGAAGUGGCCUUAGACUUCUGGCGGGCUGGUCGAGACCGAGAGGAAAUCACCAUGGAGUAUUUAGAACACUACCUGAGGACGGAGCUGCUGGAUUCCGCAGAUGAGGAUUCUGCCUACAGCCGCCUUCUGGAAGAGAACCUCAUUGACUUCUUGGUACCUUUCCUGCCCCUGGAGUACCGCCAUGUGAAACUGUGCGCUCGGGAUGCCUUCCUGGCCCGGGACCUACUGUUCACUGAGGAGGCACUGGACGAUGUUGCGAGGAUGAUGGUGUUUGUCCCCAAAGAGGAGAAGCUCUUCUCUGCCCAAGGGUGCAAGUCGGUCUCCCAGCGCAUCAGCUACUUCCUGCCCUGACUGUGGCCGGGUUUCACUGCACACAAAUGCUGCAAUGCAGCCAGUUCUGCUUCCUCUUGCACAAGGGCUAGCUAAUGUGGAUUGCACUAUGACUGGGUAUUAAGUCCUCCUGUGAUGCGGGGGGCUGCCAGGCUGGCCGAAACCGAUAUGAGCUGCUGUUGGCUGCAAGAUGCCACUGAAGGACUUUCAUAAGAAGAAGAAAAAGUGGCGUUUUCAGCAAAUACACAA